AUGGUCGCGCCUCUGUACACUACUGCCUCUGGCCUACUCUUCCAUGCUGGAAAAAUCCUUGUUGUGACCGUCGGCCUUCCCGCGCGCGGUAAGACACACAUCUCGCGCGCUCUUGAGCGCUACCUACGUUGGGCCGGUGUCAAGACGCAGGUGAUAUCCUUGGGCGACUACCGUCGCAAGAUGAUUGGCGGGGCGCAAAAGCUACCUGCAGACUACUUUGUGCUUGGCGAAAAGUCUCCGGAAACACAGGCUCUACGGCAACAAUGUCUGGAAGGCUGUGAGCAGUCUAUAUGGGACUUCUUCAACCAUGGUGGACAAGUUGUCAUCUACGACGCGAACAACGGCAGGCGGGAUCAGCGCCAGCGCGUUGCGGAGAAGUUUGGUCAAGCGGGCAUUCAUGUCGUCUUUCUUGAAUCCAUGUGCGACGAUCCCAAGAUCAUUGAGAGGAACAUCCGCAGUGUGAAGAUAUCUUCGCCUGAUUAUCGCAAUUGGGAUCCCGAUCUGGCCGUCAAAGACUACUACCGCCGCAUCAAGGACCAUGAGGCAUUCUACGAGCCCGUCGAGGAGCUCACACAUCCUCAUAUUCGGAUCGUCAAUGUCGGAGAGAAGAUUAUGGUCAAUGCGAUACACGGGUAUCUUCAGUCCCGUAUCAUCUUCUUCCUCAUGAACAUCCACAACCGCUACCGCACGAUCUACUUUGCCCGUUCAGGACAUUCCUUGAUCGAACACUCGUAUAAGGCGGACGCAGACCUUUCGCCAGUCGGAUGGGAGUACGCCGAGAAGCUAUGCGAUUUUGUGCUUUCCCGCCGCGAGAAGUCCUUGAAGGAACGCGGGCUUGACCCAAAGACUAAUCGACUAGUUAUCUGGACCUCGGCACGUCGGCGUGCGCACCAUACGGCAUGGCCAUUCCUCGCGGCAGCAGAUGAUAAGCGUCCGGGCGGCGCGCGGUGCAAAGUCAAGUUGAUCGAGAAGCCACAGAUGGGCGAGAUCAACCCCGGCGUAUGGGAUGGGCUUACACCGGAGCAGGCACGCAAGUACUACCCGGAAGAGUGGGAGCGCUUCGCGCGAGACCCAUACUCGUUCCGUGCGCCGCGUGCAGAGAGCUAUCACGACUUGAGUGUACGCCUCGAGCCAACACUCAUCGAACUCGAGCGACAGCAGGAGGACUUGCUCAUCAUCGGCCACGCGAGUGUCAUCCGGUGCUUGCUCGCGUACCUCAUCGGUCUUCCGGCCAGCGAGGUCCCCGCCGUCGAAGUUGCGCGUGGAGAUUUGCACGAAGUUGUGCCCGCCAGCUACGGCGUUGAGAGCCAUGCACUGCACUUCUGGGACGGACCUGGCCGCACGCACGAGAACGGCGAUCAUCAUGCAUUCCACCAAGAUCAUUCACCCGGCAACUAUACGCCGCGCGACCCCAAUAACUUCUACGAGAACUACGCGGAGGACACGCGCGGGAAGAGGAGACCUACGGCUGGAGAAGGUGAUACGGAUGAGGCUGCCAGGCGAGCGAUCGUCGUGGAAGACGCGGCGAAGCCUCACGCUGAGUCCGCGUUCGCGUGA